AUGCCAGGCCAAUACGCUGGCGGCUUCGCCGUCGCCAUCACGACAGCAGAGAGCCAGAAGCGAAUUGCGCAGGGCGCGUUCGCGCCACAAGUUGCAAGGUUCCAGGUCCUCGAGAUCAGCCUUCGCAUGGAAACCGGGGGCGAACACAAACGCCCCGGUUCACCCCAACUGUGGGCUCCCACACUCUCCCUGCCAAGACUUGGCGGGCCUGGGCCACGAGGGGACACCCCAGAAGGGGCACCGGACCGGCUUUGCGUGCGCUGCUGGUUCAGGCAGGAUUCGCUGCCGGUGGAAGCGGACCGAUCUCGUUAUGGACGUGCUGCAUGCAUUCAGAAAGUGGCGUGUUCGAAAGUCAAAUCGACGAUCUCUUUCAACGUUGACUCCCACGCUCUGGCAGAAGGAUGGCAGGCGCCGUGCACGAAGUCAUUGCACAUGAAGUCGCGGGUGGAUUCUGUGCAGAUCCACCCUGGCAGAGAGUCCCUGGUCAGGCACCAGGGGGAGUGGGCCGUGUGCCGUGGCAGGUUUAUGAAGUUGCACUACACGUAUGCAAUGCAGAAUCGAUAUGAACAGACACACGCGAGAGUGUUUGGCGAUAUCCCGUUGCUGGGACAGGCUGAGAAUGACUAUGUAGAGAGCGCCACACGCGUGCGGAGUGACCGUGUUGGCCGCAACGGGGCAUGGAGAAAUCAGCCGAAAAGAGCGUCCACGACUGGCCUGCCCAGUCAGCUGGCGGGCCUGAGAAAACGCCACAUGCGCCGUUGA